ACUGGAGCGCAGGAGGAGCUUGUUUGUUUUUGCAAACCUACGUACACACGCAGCCUCCAGCUGCCAUUAAUUCAUUGCAAGCUUAGCGCAGCGGUGGUAGUGUAGCAGAGGAGGGAGGAGCAGAGCAGAGCAGGCGCUCUGUGGGAGCUGGGUCGAUAGAGAUAGCUCCGGGCUGCUGCCGGUCAUCUCGGUCGGUUUCGUUCGUCGGCGACGGCUUAAGCCGCGAGCUUGGGGACCCGGUCGAGCGCGUGCCUGGCCGAACACCAGAGGGAGGAUGGUGAACACGGCGGUGAGCCUCGGCGGCGGCAGGGCGGGCGGUGUGCUGCCUCUGGCGUCGCUGAACCACAUCAGCAUCGUGUGCCGGUCGGUGGAGGAGUCGCUGCGCUUCUACACCGACGUGCUGGGCUUCGUCCCCAUCCGCCGCCCGGGAUCCUUUGACUUCGACGGCGCAUGGUUGUUCAAUUACGGGAUCGGCAUCCACCUUCUGCAGUCGGAGGACCCCGGCAGCCUGCCGGAGAAGAGGGAGAUCAACCCCAAGGACAACCACAUCUCCUUCCAGUGCGAGAGCAUGACGGCGGUGGAGCGGCGGCUCAAGGAGCUGGGCAUCCCGUACGUGCAGCGGUGCGUGGAGGAGGGCGGCAUCAACGUCGACCAGAUCUUCUUCCACGACCCCGACGGCUUCAUGAUCGAGAUCUGCAACUGCGACAACCUCCCCGUCAUCCCGCUCGCCGGCGCGCCCGUCCUGGGGGCCUGCAAGCGCGUCGCCGCCGCCGUCAAGCAGCAGCACCAGCAGCAGCAGGGCGGCGCGGUGCCCCCCGCUCCGGCGGCUGCCGCGCAGUGCGUGCCGUCAGCCGCGGCGGCGCAGGCCAUCCGCGUCGGCGAGGAGGCGCACAUCUCGUGCGCGUGAGCAGCUAGCCAUGGCGUGCGCGACUGCGUGGUCAUGUCGUUGGCGUUGAUGCGUUGGAGCCGUACGUGCGCCGCCGUCGAUCGCGGUGACGAGGCGGGCGCGAGGCGCCCGAGUGCGGCUGGCGUCGUCGUCUGUACUCUGUAUAUGCAUCGAGUGUGGUAGGGUGGUAUGUAAGAGUAAAAGCUCCCCUUCUAAGUGAAGAAUAAACUAAGGCAGGAAGAUUUCUUCUUCAUUUGUCCUCAAUCUUUACUCAGUGCUGUUAUUUUUUCUAUUACCCGGAGAGCUAUACCGCGCCCAUCUUAAAAGCAUCUCCAGCAAGUCUCGUACUCUA